GAUUUCCUCAUCAGUCGCGAAGAAGAAGAAAGGGAGCGAAGCAAAAUCGACCAGAUUCGCCUCCUUAAUUGACUGCCCACCUGCAUCAACGCUGGCACUCUUGGCCAAUUCCCCUCUCCUCGUCGAUACUUAUCAUGCCAAAGCUGGAGUCUUUACACAUGGCGGCACCUCUGCGCAAGACGACGACAUAGUCACGGUGUCUCUGAGCAGAGCAGACCCAAGCCAGAAGAAACGCUUCAAUGCGACCCCCCAGCCGAAGGACGACGCCUGAUUAGAGGUCAACAAUGGGGUCUCCCGAGUCUCAGACUCAGUGCUCGUCCUCGACGAUGGCCAAGCAUGCCCUCCGCAACAGAGCCUCCCUCUGCUUCAGCGACGGCUGCCUCUUCCUCGGCGGCGUCCUCAUGGCCCUCCUCCUCGUCUGGUCCUUCUCCUCCUUCGCCUCCCCCCCGACCAGCAUCCCCUCGGAGACCCUAGCCUCGUCCUCCUCCGCCGCUGCCGCCGCCGCCGAGGGUCCGCCGCAAUGCGCCCCCGUUGCCGCGCCGCCCCGCGACUCGGAGCAGAGCGGCAACUUCUACGACGACCCGGAGCUGAGCUACUCGAUCGGGAGGCCGGUGAGGGGCUGGGACGGGAAGCGGCAGGAGUGGCUGCGGCAGCACCCGUCGCUGGCCUCCGGUGGCGGCCGCGAGCGGGUCCUGCUGGUGACGGGGUCGCAGCCGUCGCCGUGCAAGAACAAGAUCGGCGACCACCUCCUCCUCCGCUUCUUCAAGAACAAGGUCGACUACUGCCGCCUCCACGGCUGCGACGUCUUCUACAACAACGUCCUCCUCCAGCCCCAGAUGUUCUCCUACUGGGCCAAGUACCCCGUCGUCCGCGCCGCCAUGCUCGCCCACCCGGAGGCCGAGUGGAUCUGGUGGGUCGACUCCGAUGCCCUCUUCACCGACAUGGACUUCGAGCCCCCCCUCGAUCGGUACAAGGGCUACAACCUCGUCGUCCACGGUUGGCGGGACCUGAUCUACGAGAAGAAGAGUUGGACGAGCAUCAACGCCGGCGUGUUCCUCAUCCGGAACUGCCAGUGGUCGAUGGACUUCAUGGACGUGUGGGCCGGGACGGGCCCGCAGAGCCCGGAGUACGAGCGGUGGGGCCACGUCCUCAGUUCCACCUUCGCCGACAAGCUAUUCCCGGAGUCCGACGACCAGUCGGCUCUGGUCUACUUGCUGUUGACGCAGAAGGACCGGUACGGGAACAAGAUUUACGUCGAGAGCGAUUACUACUUCGAGGGCUACUGGGAGGAGAUUUUGGGCACGUUGCCUAACAUCACCCGCGAGUACGAAGACACGGAGCGGCGGGGCCCCCAGGCGCUCCGUCGGAGGCACGCGGAGAAGGCGAGCGGAUACUACGCGGCGCGGCGGGCGGAGGCGGCGGGCGCGGCGCGGAAGAGGCCGUUCGUGACCCACUUCACCGGGUGCCAGCCGUGCAGUGGGGCCUACAACCAGAUGUACUCCGGCGAGUCGUGCUGGAACGGGAUGGUGAAGGCGCUGAACUUCGCUGACAACCAGGUCCUCCGCCGGUACGGGUACGUCCGCCCGGAUCUGAUGGACUCCGCCGUCGUGAAGCCCAUCCCAUUCGAUUACCCUGCAGGCGGCGGCGGCGGCGGCGGCGGUUAGGGAGCGAGAAAAAAAAAAAACCGAACAGGAGAUAGAACGGUACAAAUAGGUAAAAAAAAAAUAAUAAUGAAAAGAAGCAGAGGAAGUAUCUUUGUUGGGUCAGGGGAAGAGUGUAUUUGUCGAUGUUGGCUGUUGAUUAAUCUAUGGUUUGCUUGCUUGCUGUCUUCUAGAAA